GUAAUAGUAAUCAUUAUUAUAUCAGUAAAUCUUUAUACAUAAAAAGUUCAAAAAAGUGGUUUCCUCAUUUUUUUGAUGAUGACGAGUGUGAAAAUGAAAAUUUUAAUAAUCAAGAUGCAAAUAGUGAAUUGAGUUUUUAUUUAGAAAUUCCACAAGAAAAUAAUGAGCCCUCUAGAAUGUGUGAUGAAAUUCAAAAUUCUCGUGAUGAAAGUGAACUUGUAUUAAAAUUGGCAAAACAAGUUGGUUAUUUCCCUGUAUUUAGUACAUUGGUAUCCAUGUCAAAUUUAAUUGAUGGAUUGGCAAGUGCAACGAUUGGUCAAAAGACCGGAUUUUCUUCAACGACUGAUUCUGAAAUCAAAAAGAUUCUCGAUGCAUUGGCAAUUGCUUUACAUGAUGUAGCACCUGAAAAGUUAAGGAAAAGUACUCGUUAUAAUCAAAAAAAGAAGCAUGAUUUUAUCACGACAUCAAUUGUUGAAUCUUAUGAUCCAGCCGAUAUUCCAAUUGUUGUGAUUGAUGAUUAUAUGAUUAAAGAUAAGGAAAAUCAUGAACUUUGGGAUCAUUUGGCUAAAUUAGCUGCAAUCCUUGUAGAAAAUAGAGUUGCUCAUGUGGUUUUCGUUGGUUCAAACGUUGGUAUUGUAAAGCAUUUAAAUAAAGCACUUCCAAACAAAACAUUUAAUUUUGUUAAUCUUUCUGAUGCGCCAUAUGAACGAGCCAUUAGUUUGGUAAAGAGUCACGUACCUGAUAAAGAAGAUAAAGGACUUGAUGGGGCUGUAAAUGCACUUGGUGGCCGUUUAACUGAUUUGAAAUUAUUUAUUAAUAAAAUAAGUAGUGGUCAAAGUUCUCAAGAUGCCAAAACUAUUCCUUGGAGUGGUAUACAAUUUUGGAAAAUAGUGAAAGAUUUGGCUAAAGGAGAACCUGUACCAUAUGAUAAAAUUAAAUAUUCAUCAAUAUUUAAAGGUGAUGAUACCUCAAUAAGGGCUAUGGAACAAGCCGAAUUGAUUUCAGUUUCACAAUUAGAUGGACGACCUGAUUUUAUAAGAUUAGGAAAGCCACUUUAUCAAGUAGCUUUUCAACAAAUCAUAUCCGACAAAUUAUUUGCAGCAACAAUGGAACUUCAAACAUAUAAAUAUCUUUUUGAAUUUGAAACAGAUAAAAUUAAAAAAUAUGAACAAGAGCUUGAAAGUUUGGGACAAUUAUUUGUUAAACAAGAAGGAAAAUGGUUGUUUGGUAGUGGUCGCGUUCCUGCUAUUGUUGAUCAACGAGUUAAAUUUCUAUUGGAAUUGGUACAAAAAAGUCAUGUUCGUACUGUUGAUUAUGAAAAAAAUAUUGAAGAAUUGAAAAAAUUUAUUGCUUCUGGUGGAACUUCGUAA